GGUAACCAAUGAGCAGAGCUCCUGCUACGACGCAGCCAAUCGGGUGAGAAGCGCGGGGAUUCCCGGUGUCCGUACGUGUAUUGUUGGAGUACAGAGUUGCAAGACAUUGACUCCGCUGCCACUUGCAGUGCAGGCGCUCUCGGAUGCGUGUUGCGGCGUACGCUGGUUGCUGUGUGAAGAGUGCUCACUUGGAUUGACACUAAACAUCUCUUCCUUUCCGCUGUUACUGGGCAGCAUCGUUCGCACGCGGUAACCAAGUUUGUGUGUAAAGGAACACCUUUGGUAAUUAACUGAGGUAAACGUAGCAGACGUUCCCUGAAGGCAGUAUUGCGUACAAUGGCGUCCGAGUGGAGCAGGGAUCCAACUGAAGACCAGCAGCGAUACUACGAGCUGUUGGGGGACGUCUGUGCGUACGAAACAAACACCAGCAGGGGACUGCUGAUACUGCAUAGAAAAGUUGGUUACGCCUUGUGUGGCAUACCAGACGAAGAAUCGAAAUGUGAUAACGCCCACACUGGAUACAGUGAGAACAAGUACAAAACCAUAAAGGCUGUCGUCGACUUCAUAAGAGACGUAAACAAGGAGAAGACGGAAGAGAGAGAUCAACUUGAUAUGGCCAUUAUAUUUGUCUUCGUGGAAUACGAGAAGCAGGUGCUGCAGUAUCCCGUAUUUCGAAUAUUGCUCACGAAAUCCAAGUGGAAAUUCGUGGAUACGAAUUGCCGCGUCUAUUCUUCGUGGCAGGAUUACUUGAAAUCUAAUGAAUUACCCGAAGGAAAAUUUUGCUGGCCUCUCAACGGAAUAUACAGUGGCGACGACGACGACAAAGUGCAACUAGGAUGGGGCGUAACACCUGCAGCACAACCCGGCAAUAAGGCAGCCAUGUCGUGGAUAUCUGUGGCGGGCAGUGUGGUCGGUAUGGCAGCUGGGGCGGCAGCGAGUCGAGCAGCAACUCUGGCGAGGAAUGGCCAGGUGAUGAGCAAGACAGGACAAAUAACGUGCAAUGCUCUCAACGUAACCUCACUGGCUGUCAAUGCCACAGGUAUUGGUAUUGGCGCCAUCAGCCUUCGUGAACGCAUCAAGGAGGGGGAGGCAACAGCUCUAGAAGUUUUCCAGUUCAGUGCCUCACUGUUGUUUUUCGCUCAUGCAACAGUCAAUUUCCAGACAGCUUCACAAAUAAUCAAGGAAACACAGAAAGGAGUAAUGGAGGAUUUUGAGAAGAGUCUAAGAAGCAACCGGCACAGGAAACAGUUCAAGAAGUUGGCGAAGAACACCGCAGCUACUGGUGAGAAUCCAAUGGAUGGUAAUGCAAGAGUUAUUAGGGGCAUCCGCAGCAUUGAUAACAAGGAUGAUUUCUUUGCUGGCAUGGUCAGAACAAGGAAAGACUUUGGCGGCCACAAAGCCGUUUUUUCUGAAAAUGGAAACAUAGUUGUGAAUGGUGGUGCAGAGAUACAUCCAAUGAAACUGUAUGAACUGGGCAAACAGCAAAGGAGAGAAUUCCUCUCAUUGGCCAAGCAGGCAUCACAGGGCAAAGUAUCUGAUGCGACCUUAAAAGCUCGUUUUGAUUCUGUGCUCAGCACUAACACUUCUGGCUCUUCUGGGAGGAACACAUCUGAGGACAGUGAUGUAAUGGAGGCAGAAAAAAUACUGACUUCACAGCUGCAGCAGGGAACACAAGGGAUAACCAUAGGCAGAAAUGAGGUUAUGCUUAUGCUGUCAGUUGUGGACAAGCUCACAGUUCUGGUGUGCUCAAAGACAGACAAUAAAUAUGCGAAAUGGUGGCACCUUAUCUGGCACCAUGUUAGUAAACUUGUUAAGGAAAUGUGCAAUACAUAUGAUGAAGCUCUAAAUCUUGAAAAACAGAUACAUAACUUUGUAGAUAAGCGCCAGUUUGAUCUGAUAAACGGCAUACAAAUGACCAAUGUCUUCAUGCAUUUCGUUUGUGAGGUUUACAAGAAAUACAAAGAUCACAUUGAACAACUGAUAAAGGAUAUAGAGAAGAAAUUGAAGACAAAUGAUAUCAUCUGUGAAAAAUGUAAACAGGCCAUGUGACAAGUAAGGAGCUUUAUUUACUGAGUUUGUGAACUCUGUUAAGACCUGAAAAUUAAUAGUUACAUGAGUGCUAUUGCAGUUGGAGAACACACAGUAUGUAUUGUCUUGUUACAUCAGUGUAAAAGACAAUUGUUUUAAAAUAAAUGUAACCUCUGCAGUUAUUACCAAGGAUUGCUAUAGUUCCAACUUGUAAUACUUUGUAUUGCACCCUAGGUAAAAAGUAAUGUUCAGUUCUGUGCUGCAGUUUUUUGAAAUGUUCAGACUGACUUCUUGUAUUUUAAGAUCUGUGCAGCAUUUGAAAUGUGGGUUUAUAAUGAAAGCACAGUAACAGUAGUGCAAUAUGAUUAAAUUUUCUGUCUAUCAUAAAAGUUGCAACACACUAUGAUGGGAUAGCCUGAGUUUUACUCAAUUUGUUCUGUGUUAGAGUAUUAUUAUUAUUAUUAUUAUUAUUUAUUAUUAUUAUUCGGCUUUAUUUACUGGCUAUUUUUUGUUACUUAAUGAUUUUCAGUAAAACAUAUAAUUUGCAAUUUAAAGUAACAAAAGUCAUUGAUUUGCUGAUGUGCUUAUAUUGACAGACAGAGAAUUUAAUAAGUGGUCAUUGUACAUGAAAAGAGAGACUGCCUGCACAAUAUCCUAAGAAGAAGGAUAGUGGAUUAUGUACAAAAUUGUAAUAAUAGAGAGAGCACUGCAGAUAAUAAUGAGUGGAAAGACUUGUCACACAUUAUCUAGGACACAGCAGAAGCAGAUGUACAGAGGACACAGCUACAUAGUUCAGAGAGUUUUUUGGUAAUCCACACAGAAAGGAAUGUAAUAUAUAAGAAACAGCUCACAAGACUGAUUCAUUAAAAAUAUUUAGUUGUU